AUGGCGGAGGACCGGGAGCCCCGCGGGGCCGGUGCCCGCGCCCUGGAGGACGAGCCCGCCAGCCCGCGCGAGCCGCCGUCGCCGCCGCCGCUGCCGUCGCCCGUGGCGCCCGGGACCCCCGAGACCCCCGAGCCGCCCCAGCCCGAGCCGCCGACCGAGGCGUACGCGCGGCAGCUGCUACUGGAGGAGUGGGGGUCGCCGGGGGUGAGCCUGGAGCUGCCCCCGCGCCUCUCCUGGAAGCUGCUGCUGCUGCGGCGGCCGCUUUACCGCAACCUGCUGCGCUCGCCCAACCCCGAAGGCAUCAACAUUUAUGAGCCAGCACCCCCCGUGGGUCCCACCCGGAAGCCCCUGGAGACCCUGGGCAAUUUCCGGGGGUGGCACAUCAGGAUCGAGAACCUUCAGCAGAACCUUAGCUGGACCGUGAAGCAACAGUGCCUGGACCUCCUGGCCGAGGGCCUGUGGGAGGAGCUGCUGGAUGAUGAGCAGCCGGACAUCACCAUCAUGGACUGGUACGAGGACAGCCACCUUGACGAGAGCGUCUACGAGCUGCACGUCUGGCUGCUGGCUGCUGACCGCCACACAGUCCUCGCCCAGCAUCACGUGACACCCCGCACCUCUGCCAAGGGGCCCCCCGGUCGCUGGAUCCAGGUGUCCCACGUGUUCCGCCACUAUGGCUCGGGCGUGCGCUUCGUCCACUUCAUGCACAAGACCAAGAAUCGGAUGGAGCCUGGUGGGCUGCUGCGGACCCGGGUGACCGACUCCUCCGUGUCAGUGCAGCUCCGAGAGUGA